UAUGGCUGACAUACAAGGCUCCCCAGGAAGCUCCAUGCAUGGGGUUACUGGCAGAGAGCAAACCUUUGCCUUCUCAGUGGCUUCUCCAGCUAUCCCAACUGAUACUACUGCGAAAUUUGCCUUACCUGUUGAUUCUGAGCACAAAGCCAAAGUCUUCAAGGUCUUCUCCUUUGCCAAGCCGCACAUGAGAACUUUCCAUCUCUCUUGGGUCUCCUUCUUUACCUGCUUCGUCUCCACUUUUGCUGCUGCUCCACUGGUCCCUGUCAUCCGAGAUAACCUGAAUCUCAGAAAGAGUGACAUUGGAAAUGCUGGCAUAGCUUCAGUUUCCGGGAGUAUAUUUUCCAGGCUUGUCAUGGGCGCCGUGUGUGACCUAUUAGGCCCCAGAUACGGCUGCGCUUUUCUUAUGAUGCUAUCUGCCCCGGCUGUGUUCUGCAUGUCCUUCGUUUCAUCCGCCGAGGGGUAUAUAGCUGUCCGGUUUAUGAUCGGAUUCUCUCUUGCCACAUUUGUGUCUUGCCAGUACUGGAUGAGCACCAUGUUUAACAGCCAGAUCAUUGGGCUGGUUAAUGGCACUGCUGCUGGGUGGGGUAACAUGGGUGGUGGUGCUACUCAGCUCCUGAUGCCGGUGAUUUUUGAGAUUAUCUGUCGAGUUGGGGUGACCCCAUUUAUGGCAUGGCGGGUUGCCUUCUUCAUCCCUGGAUGCCUGCAUGUGAUUAUGGGGAUAUUGGUGUUGAGCUUGGGCCAAGAUUUGCCUGAUGGAAACCUUGGUACCCUGCAGAAGAAAGGUGAUGUUUCCAAAGAUAAAUUCUCUAAGGUUCUCUGGUAUGCCAUCACAAAUUACAGAACAUGGAUCUUCGUUGUUCUAUAUGGCUUCUCACUGGGUGUAGAAUUAACCGCCGAUAAUGUGAUCGCCGAGUACUUCUACGACAGGUUUGAUCUCAAGCUUCACACAGCCGGAACCAUAGCGGCCACGUUUGGGAUGGCGAACAUAGUGGCUCGACCCAUGGGCGGACUCAUGUCAGACCUAGCUGCCCGUCGUUUCGGCAUGAGGGGCCGCCUAUGGAACCUAUGGAUCCUCCAAACUCUCGGAGGAGUCUUCUGUAUAUGCCUGGGCCGAGCUAACUCACUCCCCAUCUCCAUCUCCUCCAUGAUCCUCUUCUCCAUUGGCGCUCAAGCUGCAUGUGGCGCCACCUUUGGAAUCAUUCCAUUCAUCUCUCGCCGCUCACUCGGCAUUAUAUCCGGCCUGACCGGUGCAGGUGGGAACUUCGGAUCCGGGUUGACCCAGUGGCUGUUUUUCACAAGCUCAAAAUACUCCACUGCAACUGGAAUCUCAUUGAUGGGGAUCAUGAUCGUGGCGUGCACACUCCCGGUGGCGCUUGUCCAUUUUCCGCAGUGGGGAAGCAUGUUGCUACCGCCCUCCAAAGAUGCAGUGAGGAGCUGUGAAGAGUACUAUUAUGGAUCCGAGUGGAACGAAGCCGAGAAGCAGAAGGGGUUGCACCAAGGAAGCCUCAAGUUUGCCGAGAACAGCAAGUCGGAGAGGGGCCGCCGUGUUGUCUCUGCACCAACCCCACCCACAGCUACACCGCCGGCGAGCGUGUAGCGUAGAAUUUGGGCAUUUGAAUUCCGGGCUUUGUCGUAUUUAUUAGCCACUUCUGGGCCUUUCAAAUGGCCGAUGGACCCAAGACUCUGGUCCAACAUUAGCCAUCUGUGUUGCACCAAUUAAAUCUGGGUAUGCUUUUAGUGAAAAAUUGUGCUAUAUAUUAUGACAAACCUGGUCCAAAUUCCCCUCCAAAUAAUCAUCUUAGGAAAAUGUUCUUGAAUGAGGAGUUGGUGGCACAAACCUUUUUCUUUCCUAGAACCGUUGUUCCAAGCAUAACAUUGUAUGGAUCGAAAAUGUACAAGUGGGUAUGAAAUAUAUUUGGACCCGGCCUGCAGGGCUAAAUGUGAAGAAGGUGAGUGUAAUUGGGCUGGGUUAGACCAGUAAUGGCCAAAACUUUUAAAAAGAUCGAGUAAACGGAUAGACGAGAGCCCAAGGCACUGAAAGGACCGAACUGUACUAACCUUAUAAGCCCCAAAGGGAGAACGGUAUAUACGAAUGAUUGCAAAUGAUGGUCAUGAUAACAUUUGGAUGGUAGAUCAUGGAAGAUGGAGACCCAUCAUUGGAUGGGUUGUAUAGACUAUAGACCA